CGCCUGUGUUCCGUCCUGCCUGCCGGAAUUCCACAAAGAAGAAGAUAAAGAAGGCAAAACAACUCCGCAUGUAGCUAACAUUUACAAUAAACAUUUUUUUAGUUGUGCCUCUAGCUUGACAAAUUAUUCCACCUGGGAAAUAUUUCGUAUAAGCAGAGAAGAUUUUCUCUAAUGUUUCUAAUUACAUGCUGGCGAGAACAAACAACGCGGGCAGAAUUACACUGGGCAGCUAGGGUUAGCCAAAGAAGCUAACCAGCUAGCUCCCAUUAGCUGCAAUGGCAGCGUCCACUCCUCCAGUGAUUUCAGCUCCUGUAUUAAGUCAGAAGCAACGCAGGGCUGCUCUGAGGAAAGAGAGGAGGAAACGGAAACGCCAGGCUCUCGCCCAUGCUAGAGAACGAGAUUUAAAAAAUGGAGCAAGCCCUACUCCUGGAGAAGAAGAUGAAGUAAAUGAAGACGGUGAGGAUGACGAUGUUGCAGAGGAAGAAAGACAGCAUCUUCAUGAAGAGUGGCUGGAAAGAGAGCGGAUUGCCCAAGAGGAGUUCAGACUGCGUUUGGAGAAGGAGGAAACAGCAAGGAAAAGAAAAGAGGAGGAGGAGCGGAUGAUAAAGGAGGAAUGGGAAGCGCAACAGAGGCGAGAACAAGAAGAAAAAGAGCAGAAGCAGCAGGAGAAGCGAGACAGAGAGGAGGCUGUUCAGAAAAUGUUGGAUGAAGCUGAAAAUCAGCUGGAUAAUGGUGGCCCGUGGAUGAACCCUGAGGCUCCUGUGACAGUGAACUCUGAGAACUUUGGAACGGAGCGUGACGUAGCCAACUGUCCGUUCUUCCUCAAGACUGGAGCGUGUCGAUUUGGAGACAGAUGUUCUCGAAAACAUACGUAUCCUGAAACCAGUCCAACGCUGAUGAUCCGCGGAAUGUUUAGAACGUUCGGUAUGGAAGAGUCGCGCCGUGAUGACUAUGACAUCGAUGCUUGUUUGGAGCACAGCGAGGAGGAGAUGCAGGAGUCCUUCCUCGAGUUCUACCACGAUGUUCUGCCAGAGUUCAAGAGCGUCGGCAAAGUGUUGCAGUUUAAGGUCAGCUGUAACUAUGAACCACACCUGAGAGGAAACGUUUAUGUUCAGUUUGACACAGAGGAGCAAUGCAAAGAUGCCUUCAUCAAAUUCAAUGGGAGGUGGUAUGCAGGCCGGCAGCUUCACUGUGAGAUAUCACCUGUUACACGGUGGAAGAAUGCCAUAUGUGGAUUGUUUGACAGACACAAGUGCCCUAAAGGGAAGCACUGCAACUUUCUGCAUGUAUUUCGAAACCCUGGGAAUGAAUUCUGGGAGGCUGACAGGGACCUGCACAUGUCCCCUGACCGCAGUGUAAGGGGCAGUCACAGAGACGGGUGGCAUUCGAGCCGAUCAUGGAGGCAGCGUCAUUACAGCAGGAGCCCGGUGAGAUCGGAGAGAUCUGAAAGGAGACGAGACGAAGACAGGCGAAGGAGCAGGAGCAGAGAGAGGAGGCCGUCAUACCACAACAGAGAGGACACACGGUCGUCCAGAUCCAGACACAGUGACUGGUGGAAAGACAGGCGAAGGAGCAGGAGUAGAGGCAGGUCAAGGAGCAGAAGUAGAGAUGACGAGCAAGACAGGCGGAGAAACAGAAGUAGGGACAGAGAGAAGGAGCAUAGGGGUAGAGAUCAAGAGAGAAACGGUAGAGGCACGAAUGACGUCGCUCACAUGGGAACGAGAGAAAAGUCGAGAAGUAAAGAAAGAAGCCCCAAGUCACCUGAUAAAAGUAAGAAAAAGUCUAAUGAUGACAGCAGCACACAUCGUCGCCACAAACACUCCAAAAAGAGCAAGAAGAAGAGCAAGAAGAAGAGCAAGAAGAAGAGCCAUUUGCCUGAAGAGACAGCUUCAUCUGGAGAGUCAGAAAAAGAGGAGUCAGGGGAGGAGACGGUGGAAAACCUUUCAACAUCAAGUCCCGGUGGAGAGAGAAAUGAGAUGGAGCGAACGCAGAAAAACAGUGAAAGUGAAUAGUCCGAGGAAAUGUGAGGAGACCUCACUGAAAAUAUGCUCUUUUUGUAGCGCACAUUUUAAAAUCUACAAAUCAGAUUUUCCUAAAAAUAACUUCUAGAAAUUUGUGCACACUGAGAUACAUCUCCGCCUUACCGAUCUGGAUUUUAAAUGAAUAAAAAGGGAUGCAUUGCA